CUGGGCCUCCUCAUCCUCAGGGCAGAGCCAAGCGUAACACCAGAGAAGGACGAUCUUGAUGUGUCCAGCAGCCCCAGGCCAUGAUGCAGAGAAGUCUCCAGCCUCUGGGCUACAGUCCCUGCUCCAGUUCCCCGGUGCCUAUUGAGAGACCCACAUCCUGCUUCCCCAGGGAUGGAGGAUGAGGGGCUCUGGCGCUGUCCUGACAUCUCCAUCCCAACGCAGGGGACUCCCAGAAACCGGGGAGGUGUCCGCGGGACUUCAUGCGCUGCUUGCGCCUGGAGUCCCCACUCUGUGCCAAUGACUCCAGCUGCCCUGUUGGGCUCAAGUGCUGCCACUGGGAGUGCCGGCUCCGCUGCAUCCCCCCAGCAGAAGAGAAGCCCGGUGCCUGCCCGGCAGCAGCCCCCGAGGGGCUCAUUGCCCCCUGCUCCUUCCCCUGCCUGGAGGACAAGGACUGCCUGGGAGCGCAGAAGUGCUGCCCGCUGGGCUGCGGCUCUGCCUGCUUGGAGCCGGCGCAGGACCAGCCCGAGCCCAGCGAGGGCCCCACGGUGCAGCCAGGAGCGUUCCGGGAGCGGUGCCGAGGCGACAGCGACUGCCCCGACGCUCAGAAAUGCUGCAACAGCAGCUGUGGCCACCAGUGCCCGCCGGGAGUGCCGGCCGAGGACACCAGCCCUGCCCCAGUCACUCAAAGACCACUGCAGCACCAGUGGGGAUGCCUCAAGGACCAGGACUGUCCUCCAUCCCACGUGUGUUGUCACCAGCUGUGCAGCAGGCACUGUGUGACGAACAGCCAAGGGAAGGACGGAUUCUGCCCAGUCCAUGCCGGGCUGUUCCCCAGUUACAACUGCAGAGCCUGGUGCUGGCAUGAUGGCGAGUGUCCCCGCGAGGAGAAGUGCUGUCUCCGUGGCUGCGACUAUGUCUGCCUGCCCCCAUCCCGAGAGAAACCAGGCAUCUGCCCGCUGGCUGAGGAGGCUCCGUUGGCUCCAUGUGGCACUACCUGCACCAAGGACUGGCAGUGCCCAGGGGAUGAGAAGUGCUGCAGCAGUAGCCGAUGUGGCUACGUGUGCUCAGCCCCCGAACCAGACAAACCCGGUGAGUGCCCAAAGGUGAGGCCACAACACACAUCGGAGCCGUGCACGGAGACGGACUCCUGCACCCACGACAGGGACUGCUCCCGGCAGGAGAAGUGCUGCUUCUCUGGCUGCGCCAUGCGCUGCACCCGCCCUGCCCAAGAGCACCCUGGAGAGUGCCCCCGGGCAGAGCCGUGCUGGGACCCGCGGCGCCGGCGUGGGAGCCAGUGCCUGGAUGACAGCGUCUGCCGGCGAGAGGAGAAGUGCUGUGACACCGGCUGUGGCUGGGAGUGCGUGGCCGUGCCCAGAGACAGUGGAGACAAACCUGAUGGUCUGUGUGUGGAGGAGUGCCAGGCUGAUUCACAGUGUCCCCGGGGACAGCGAUGCACCAGCAUGGGCUGUGGUCGUGUCUGCAUGGACAUCCCUGGAGGCAGAAUGGGAGCGUGUCCCAUCCCCAGGGAGGGGGGCACGUGCUUGGACCUGUGCAACUUCGAUGAGGAGUGUCCCUGGGGCCACAAAUGCUGCAGCAAUGGCUGUGGCCACAUCUGCACACCAGCCUCUCUGCAAGAGCGUGACAAUGUGGCUGUGCCCCAGCCCAGUGCUGAGCAGUGCUCAGAGGUGUGUGAGGCCGACUCACAGUGUCCCUGGGGACAGAGGUGCACCCGCACCCCCUGCGGCCGUGUCUGUGUGGACACUCCUGGAGGCAGAAGUGGAGUGUGCCCCAUGCCCGGGGGUGGUGGGACCUGCCUGGACCUGUGCAGCCUCGAUGAAGAGUGUCCCUGGGGCCACAAGUGCUGCAGCAACGGCUGUGGCCACAUCUGCAUGCGGGUGUCUGGUGGUAAGAAGGCAUAUGGCCACCAUAAGGGGGCCAGCACCAGGGCUAACACCAGGUCAUGCAGGGUGCCAGCUGACCUGUAUGAAGGGCACAGCCCUCAGCAUCAGCCAGCUCCCACUGCUGCCCAUUGCUCUGCUCCCAGCAGAUGCAUCUGCAGGGUGAGGGGAUCUGAAGUGAUGUGGAGUGGGAUGGAGCUCUCAUGGAGCUGGCCAGCAUGGCUGCAAUCAUGACCACUGGUCCCUGACUCCUGCAGUCUCAUUGUUCCCUAAAAGCACAUCCUCCU